CAUUCGGUGACUUCCUGUAGUAACAUUAUACAGUAUGGCUGAAUUGAGAACGUUGCCUUUCUUGUCUAUACCGCCAAGGAUGACCACAUUGUCUUUCCAUGUUACUGUUGCCAUCGUAGAUACAGGGUACGGAAGUUUCUUGAGCUCUGUAAAAGUAUUGGUUGCUGGGUCAAACAUGAGGACAGUGUCUGUUGUGUCUUUAUCAUAACCUGUUGUCCUGCCACCAAUAAUGUAGACCUUGUCAUUCACUAUCUCAGCGCCAUGGUCACAUAUUGGCCGUGGCAUCUUGGUGAGCAACUUUGAUGUAUAGGGAGGGGUGAGCUGAAUUUCAUGUAUUGUAUCAUAGAUUCUGCCGUCACUCUCUCCUCCUAUAACAAGGAGGCGAUUUUGCAGUACAACACAUGUGUGAUAAGCGGAAGGCACUGGCAAUUUAAAUCGAGAUUUAAUCCAAUGUUCAUCUUGCUGCGAGAGAUUUAAUUCUUCAACACUGUCCAGGUAUUGCCGGUUAAAAUAUCCACCAGUCACAAUCAUGUGAUCUUGAUAUACAACUGAACUCGCUCCAAGUCUACGUUCAUUCAUCUUUGACAGUGUCCGCCUUGUUUUGGUUGCCAUGUUGAACACUUCGACAGUUUUACAUGCAACCCCUCCUGCAACGACAAUCUCGGCUUGCAACUCCUGACCACUGCUUGCAUGACUGGCCUCCGAACGUUGUGCCGUGUUUCUUUCAAUUCUCACGAGAUUUGACAUCAUAUUUUGCAUCACUUUAAACACUUCAUCUUGGGAGGCACAAAGUUUGUUCAUUUGACGUUUCAUAUCAGUGAUGUCGGCUUUCAUUUCACUAAUUUCUUUCCGUGCUGGGCAUGUAUGCUGCAUAAAGUUCUUAUACAGUACCAUUUCGCCGCAGUAAUCACAGUUGACUCGUCGAAAAUCACAAACUUUGUUUUCAUGAAUUUCUUUAUCACGUCGACUUAUUAUUUCUCCACAUUGAUCGUUGGAACAUGGCACUGGACUGAAACCACAAGUUGCUACGUGUGUGUCGAGUGAGCCAAGUUCGACGACAUUGCGACAACCACGCUCGGAAUUCUCGCGCGAAAUCUUCAAACUUGAUAAGGUGUUUGCCAGAAACCUUUGAGGUCGGCCCAGUGUCUCUUCGGUCAAGGGAUCUUGACAUAUUGGGCAAUUUCGGCAAUGUUUUAGAUGUUCGGUGAUACAAGCUCUGCAGAAAUGAUGCUCAUUCCUACGACAUUGUACUGGAUCUUUUAAUACAUUCGUACAGAUGACACAAUGAAGGUUUUCAUCGACUUUCGUUUCAAAUCUGCUAUCUUCAUAACCUUGUUCCAUCGCUUCUCAAUAAAUUUCUACAUUUUACUUUCUAAACUUUCGUAGCGAAGUAACUCACACAAGGACAUGUAGACGUUUGAAGGUUUAGUCUGUGACGUGUCUCUUUAUUCCAAGUUCUGCUUUUGAUUUUGAGGAAUUUUGACAAUGUACUGUUUUUAACUUCUUUGCUUUUCUUGAUAUCGUAAGUUCGUAACCACAGGAGGCAAAAUUGCUGCACAAUAGUUAGUUUCGGUUUGUGCUCAUUUCUAUUUCAAAAUUUUUCAAAAUAAAGCUAUUGUCUUGUACUUUUGGAAUUUUUUAUUUCUUUAAACAUUAUUAGAAGUGAUUUUUUUCAUUCGUCUUCUCUCUUUACGUUGUUUUCUUCAACCCUUCUAUACUUUAAAAACAGAGAUGAGAUAUAAACGAAAGACAAAUUUAGUUCAACUGUUACUUUGUAAAUAAUAACUGAACGUUCGAGAACGCUUUCAUGCUGUGACACUCUGCGGUCAAUUUAAACUUCUUCAAUGCACUAGACGCCCACUUGUUGUAAAAGCGUGCGAACCUAUACCUUACAAAAUCCCAGAACAAAAGCGAACUUCAUAUUCUGAAAAUGAUUUUCAUGUCGUAUACAUUUAACAUUAAAAUACAGGAUUCACUUCCGGCUGAAAAAUAGAUUGCUUAUUAAAAACUAUGUUUGUUGAACUAGAAUGGUUGAAACUUCAUUUUGUUGAACUAGAAUGCUGGGUUUGGUGGAUAAUCCAAGUGAGCGUAUACUGUACAGUAUAAUUAUACACAAUUCAGGACCUUUAAGGCUUGUCUUUCCAAGUUACUGCAUGUUGCCUGUUUCUUGAGCUUUGUGCAAGUAUUGGUUGCACUCCAACACGGGCAACAGGUUUCUUCUCAAUCUACGAUAAUCUCGUUUUGCAAGUCCCGAGCAAUGCUUGCAUAACUGGUUUCCAAACAUUGUGCCGUAUUUUGUUCAAGUUUGGACAUCAUAUAUUUUGCAUAAUUUUAAAACAUUUCACCUUCAAAAACAUGUAGACAUUCGAGGGUUUAGUCUCUGAGCAUGGGUGUCUCAUUCCACGUUCUGUGACAUUCAGGAGUUUUAACAAUGAAAUGUCAAUGUAGUUGCUUUCGAUUUGCGCUAUAAUUUUUAUUAAAAAUUAUUCAAAAUAAAGCUAGUUUUGUUUUUUUGAUAUAUUUUCAAGUGGGAGCCUGAUAUCAUGCAUGUUUUGAAUAAAUUUAGGCCCCAGUUACACGAUUAUACGACACCGGAUUCGCUUGUUACUACGACAUCAAAUUGUGCCGUUUAGGAGUAAGGUAUGCUCACACAAUUCUCCCCUCAUCCGUCAGACAGUAGUUUUCGUCCAUUUUGUCAUAUAAUCGGAAUGUGAAGUGUUCGGAUAUUACUUCGUCAAAUCACAGUUUAUAGGUUAAAUUUGAUGUUGUGGCAUGCGAAUCUGGUAUCGUGUACAUGUAACUGGAAAACGUCACAGCAUGAAAGCGUUAUCGAAUGUUCAGUCACUACACAGCAGUAGAUUAAUUAAAUCUGACUUACAUUUGUAAUACCAUGUCUGUUUUAGUAUAGAAAAGGCAAAGCAAAGAGGAAACCAGUAUAAAAAGAGAGAAUAUAUGAAUGAAAUGAAGAGUUCUGGAUCUAAUAAUAUUUAAAUAAAAUUUUCCAACAAAACAAACUAGCUUUAUUUUGAACAUUCUUUGAAUAAAAACAAGCCAAAAUAUAAACUAAUUAUUGUGUAGGAAUAUUGCCUCCUGUGGCCGUGGUUAUUGUUACCAAGAAAAGCAAGCAAGUUAUAGGAACAGUACAUUGUCAAAAUAGUUGGUUUUCAAACGUCUCGUGUCCUUGUGUGAAUUACUUCGCCACGAAAGUUUAGAAAGCAAAAUGUAGAAAUCUAUUGAGAAGCGAUGGAACAAGGUUAUGAAGAUAACAGAUUUGAAACACAAAUCGAUGAAAUUCUUCAUUGCAUUAUCUGUACGAAUGUAUUAAAAGAUCCAGUACAAUGUCGUAGGAAUGAGCAUCAUUUCUGCAGAGCUUGUAUCACCGAACAUCUAAAGCACUCCCGAAAUUGUCCAAUAUGUCAAGAUCCCUUGACCGAAGAGACACUUGGCCGACCUCGAAGGUUUCUAUAGGAAACACCUUAUCAAGUUUGAAGAUUUCGUGCGAGAAUUCCGAGCGUGGUUGUCGCAAUGUCGUCGAACUUGGCUCACUCGACACACACGUAGCAACUUGUGGUUUCAGUCCAGUGCCAUGUUCCAACGAUCAAUGCGAGGAAAUAAUAAGUCGACGUGAUAAAGAAAUUCAUGAAAAUAAAGUUUGUGAUUUUCGACGAGUCAACUGUGAUUACUGCGGCGAAAUGGUACUGUAUAAGAACUUUAUGCAGCAUACAUGCCCAGCUCGGAAAGAAAUUGAUGAAUUGAAAGCCGACAUCACUCAUGUGAAACGUCAUGUGAGCGAACUUUGUGCCUCCCAAGAUGAAAUGUUUAAAGUGAUGCAAAAUAUGAUGUCAAAUCUCGUUAGAAUUGAAAGAAAUACAGUACACCGUUCGGAAGCCAGUCAUGCAAGCAGUGGCCAGGAGUUGAAAGCCGAGGUUGUUGAUCUCGUGAGAACUGAAGCAAAUACGGCACAACGUUCGGAAGUCAGUCAUGCGAGCGGUGAUGAGGAAUUAUAUUCCAAAAUUUCUGAUCUUGUGAGAAUUGAAAGAAAUACGGCGGAAUCAUGUUCGGAAGUCAGUCAUGCGAGCAGUGGUCAGGAAUUGCAAGCCGUGAUUGUCGUUGCAGGAGGAGGGUUUGAUGAUCAAUCUGUCGAAUUGUUCAACAUGACAAGCAAAACAUGGCGGCCAAUGUCAGAGAUGAUUGAACGCAGACAAGGAGCAAGUUCAGUUAUGUACCAAGGUCACAUGAUUGUGACUGGUGGAUAUUCUGGCCAAUACCUGGACAGUGUUGAAGAGCUGAAUCUUGCUCGGCAAGAUGGACAUUGGGUUAAAUCUCAUUUUAAAUUACCAAUGCCGUCCAGAGGUCACGCAUGCGUUGUAUUACAAGAUCGCCUCCUUGUUAUAGGAGGAUAUGUUGACGGCCGAGUCUAUGAUACAAUACAUGAAAUUCAGCUCACCCCUCCCUAUACAUCAAAGUUGCUCACCAAGAUGCCACGACCAUUGUGUUACCAUGGUGCUGAGGUUGUGAAUGACAAGAUCUACAUUAUUGGUGGCAAAAAGACAAUAUCUCAUAAACACGCAAAAAAUACAGUCCUCAUGUUUGACCCAGCAACCAAUACUUGUACAAAGCUCAAAAAACUUCCAUACGCAGUGUCAAACAUGGCAACAGCAACUUGGAAAGACAAUGUGGUUGUCCUUGGUGGUGCGGACAAAGAAAGCAACGUUCUUAAUACAGCCAUACUGUAUGAUGUUACUACAGGAAGUCACCGCAAAUUACCGGAGAUGACAAAGAAGCGAUUUUGUUGUACAGCAGUGGCCAUUGGUGAGGACAUCAUCACAAUGGGAGGUAGAGACGAAACUGGAAUUAUACUUAAUUCUGUUGAAUGUUACAAUUUCGAUAGAAACACAUGGACAGAGUUCCCAGCCAUGGUUCAAGCAACGUUUAGCGCUACUGCUGUUGCAAAUUAUUGUUGACACUGCAAGAUGAAUUGACUACAAAAUAGUGCCUUAUAAUAUUGCACGUCAUAAAACAAUUUAUACACUAUUCUUUUUUAUACAUGGGAGACAAUUAACUGUAAAGGAAUUUAAAACUUAUGCUAGCUUUUCUUGUGUAAAAUCGUUAAGGUACGAUAGAAAUACAAAUAUUGCACUGUUGCUAUUAAUGUUGAUACCAAUAUAUAAUACCAAGUUUUGAACUGGUUGUUUUAUUGAAUACACGGUAAGGUAGUAUAUAUUCAUCUAUUGCAAUGUUUACAUUUUACCUGACUACAAAUACAGAACUCUACCAUAACUCGUACUGUUCCAUCUGUUGACACGAAACCAAAUUUACAUAAUGGUUUGGGGCCAGUUGUAUGAAAAUGUAGUAAAGUUAACUAUAGUUAGUGGAAAAGUUAACCAAUCAGAAUAGUGCAUUUUGGAGUUAUAAUUACAAUUUAACUACGAAACGGGUAGUAAAGUGUAUAAUUAAGAGGUUUAUACAACCGGUCCCUGGUGACUGGUGUGAAUGCGAAACACUGAUUAGAGUUGGAUUAGGAAUAAUCCAAGGUUAGAAAAGUUAUGAUUUUUAAGAUGCAAUCUAUUUGUUACCCUGCGAGCAAAGCCCUCUCGUAUUUCUUCUCAGCACGGCACGAAGAAGCGAGAGAGACUCUGCAGAACUUGUGUAUAUAUUCUUUGUGGAGCCGACAAUCCAAAAACUUGGAUAAUUAUGCGUAAUUUCAGGUUUGAUACAGGUGGAUAAUUAUGCGUAAUUUCAUGUUUGAUACAGGUUUUAUAACCGGUUUUGAUCCGAACCGGAAACUACUUAUUAAAUCUUCUUCUGUGAAAUAGGCAGUUGCCUAGCAACCUUCGCGCAUGCUCAAAUGAAUUUAUACACAAGUCACAGAAUAAAGAAUUGAAUUCUUUAUUCUGUGCACAAGUUCUGCAGAGUCUCUCUCGCUUCUCCGUGCCGUGCCGAGAAGAAAUACGAGAGGACUUUGCUCGCAGGGUAUCUAUUUGUCACGAAAGAAAGAUUCGUUUUUAGAAUAUUCAAGAUAGCUUUUGCUCUGGGCUUUUGUAAGGCACUACUAGUUCACACCCUUCAUAAGUUCACAAGUUUUAUAGCAAGUUUAGCCUGUCUAGGAAUCUAAUGCGUUGAAUAAAUUUGAAUUGACUAAUGACUACAGAACAGCACAGUACAGUACGACAGCGUUCUCAAAUGCUCAAUUAUUAUUUACAAAGCAUUAUAGUUCAAUUAAAUAUGUCUUUCAUUUCUAUUUCAUUUCUGUUUUAAACUGUAGAAUGGAAAGCAAAAACGAAAACUGAAAGUAUUAUAUAAAUUAUAUUAAUGAAAAUUAUAUGAAUGAAAAAUAUUUAUUUAACGAACUAGUUUUGUUUUGAAUAAUUUUUGAAUAAAAACGAGCCAAAUUAUUGUGCAAAGUUGCCUCCUGCGGGUAAGUCACCAAGAAAAGCAAACAAAUAUAAACUGUACAUUGUGAAAAUUCCUCCAAGUCAAAAGCAUAACUUGAAAUAAAGAGUCACGUCACAUAUUAACCAUUCAAAUGUCUACAUGUCCUUGUGUGAGGUUUUUCGCUACAAAAGAAGUAAAAUGUAGAAAUCUAUUGAGCGAUUGAACAAGGUUAUGAAGAUAGCAGAUUUGAAACAAAAGUUGAUGAAAACCUUCAUUGUGUCAUCUGUACGAAUGUAUUAAAAGAUCCAGUACAAUGUCGUAGGAAUGAGCAUCGUUUCUGCAGAGCUUGUAUCACUGAACAUCUAAAACACUCCCGAAAUUGCCCAAUAUGUCAAGAUCUCUUGACCGAAGAAACUCUUGGCCGACCUCAAAGGUUUCUAUAGGAAACACCUUAUCAAGUUUGAAGAUUUCGUGCGAGAAUUCCGAGCGUGGUUGUCGCAAUGUCGUCGAACUUGGCUCACUCGACACACACGUAGCAACUUGUGGUUUCAGUCCAGUGCCAUGUUCCAACGAUCAAUGUGAGGAAAUAAUAAGUCGACGUGAUAAAGAAAUUCAUGAAAAUAAAGUUUGUGAUUUUCGACGAGUCAACUGUGAUUACUGCGGCGAAAUGGUACUGUAUAAGAACUUUAUGCAGCAUACAUGCCCAGCACGGAAAGAAAUUCGUGAAAUGAUAGCCGAUAUGACGGACGUGAAACGUCAAGUGAGCAAACUUUGUGCCUUCCAAGAUGAAAUGUUUAAAGUGAUGCAAAAUAUGAUGUCAAAUCUCGUGAGAAUUGAAAGAAAUACGGCACAAUGUUCGAAAGCCAGUCAUGCAAGCAGUGGUCGGGAUUUGCAAGCCGAGAUUGUCGUUGCAGGAGGAGGUAGUUUUGACGAUAGAUCUGUCGAAGUGUUUAACAUGGCAACCAAAAAGUGGCGGCCACUGUCAAUGAUGAAUGAAGGUAGAUCCUUUACAAUUGAAUGUGAACUGAUUGAGAUUAAUGGAUGUAGAUCUGGAGCAAGCUCAGUUAUAUACCAAGGUCACAUGAUAAUGACAGGCGGAGAGUAUUUCGCACAAUACCUGGACAGUGUUGAAGAACUAAAUCUCUCGCAGCAAGAUGGACAUUGGGUUAAAUCUCGAUUUAAAUUACCAAUGCCUUCUGCUUAUCACGCAUGUGUUGUAUUGCAAAAUCGCCUCCUUGUUAUAGGAGGAUAUAUUUACGGCAGAGUUUAUGAUACAAUACAUGAAAUUCAGCUCACCCCUCCCUAUACAUCAAAGUUGCUCACCAAGAUGCCACGGCCAAUAUGUCACCAUGGUUCUGAGAUAGUGAAUGACAAGGUCUACAUUAUUGGUGGCAGGACCACAGGAUAUCCUAAAGACGCAACAGACACUGUCCUCAUGUUUGACCCAGCAACCAAUACUUGUACGGAGCUCAAAAAACUUCCGUACCCUACAUUUGGGAUGGCAACAGUAACGUGGAACGACAAUGUGGCCGUCCUUGGUGGUGCGGACAAUGGGCGAAAAGUUCUCAAUUCAGCCAUACUGUAUAAUGUUACUACUGGAAAUUAUCGGAUGCUGCCGGAGAUGACAACGAAGCGACGUGAUUGCACAGCAGUGAUCAUUGGUGAUAAUAUCAUCACAAUGGGAGGUUGGGACAGAACUUGCCGCAGCCUUCGUUCUGUUGAAUGUUACAAUUUCGAGGCAAACACAUGGACGAAGUUCCCAGCCAUGGCUGAAGCAAGGUUUUAUCCUACUGCAGUUGUAAAAUAUUGUUGACAUUACAAGAUAACUUGACUACCAAAUGGUGACUUAUAAUACUGCACGUCGUAAAACAAUUUAUAAACCAUUCUCAUGCAUAUGUAUAGUACACAACAAAUUGUAAAUACAUUGUUAUUGAUGUUGAUUUUAAUAAGUGAAUAUAUUCAAAGUCUUAAUGCAUGGGUUGUUUUCCUGACUAUAAACCGGGAGCUAAGAUACAGUUUAUGUUUACUUGAUAUAGUGAUGGUACCAGACAAGUGCAAAAUUAACUCUGUUAAACCAUAUUCUCAAUCCAUACAAUCUUAACCCCGAUCCUAAACUGAUCUUUAAGCUAUAAUCGCUAUUUUAGUCCUAAUCAGUAACCAGCUAAAGUGAAGAAAUCACAGGGGGAAAAUGUAAUUUUCCAACAAUGGGUGUUGAAUGGGUUUUUAAGGAUCUACCAUGUAGAAACCAUGAAAAAACUCAACUUUUAUAAAUUUCCCAAAUGGUAAAAAAAAUUGUCAGUGCAUGAUAUAUACCGAGAACGAAAGGUGUAAGCUAAAUACAGUCCCGUGGACACCGACACGUAACGUCUGGACUUAUUUUAUAACUGAAGAGCUUUUGAAACAAUGUUUUGCCUAUUUCGUUCACCUCGGACAAAAAGUUUGCUAGACUUUUCUUCAUUUUUUAUCUAUGAUAUUCAUAGGCCUUUACAGCCCGCGGCACAUCAAAUAAAACCGACUCAAUUAUUGGUCUAGCAGAUAUAUCUGUGUGUUAUAUAUCUGUUUUGAAAUAAAGACAUGAUUCAUCAAACAGAUCAUUGAAAUCAUGCAUCAAUUGUGUUAGAGUAUAUUAUAUAGGUUUCAUGAUGCACAACGUCAGUACGAAAAUUCACGAUACUCACUGAUAAUUACUGUAUAUACACUGGAUCUAGUUACCCCAUCUCGUCGCUAAAAAUGGUGCUUUUUAUAUGCUGACUAUUUCACUAUUGCCAAAUAUGCUGGCAACAUGACAAAAUGAAAUGCAACGUUUAUGAUUGCUACUUUAGGAUUUUCAACACUGGGUUGCAGGGUGGACCGAUUGGAAUUUGGCGUUGAAUAUGGAAGGUGGACCCAACUGGGUGAAAAACUUCGUCGAUUCUCCGAUCAUUGUUGACAGUGAGCAUAACGUCUUUUAUAAACAGGUAGGCACGAAAGAAAUAUUUAUGCCAAAAAAAUCAUCCCACUCCAUUGUGCUUCCUCUGUGCUCAUAUAACUCAGGGUUCGUACAAAACUUGAAUGUCCUUGAAAGUCCUUGAAUGUCCUUGAAUUUUAAAACAAGAAUUCAAGUCCUUUGAGUACCCUUGAGUUUGUAAAGAAGUGCCUGAAAAUCAUUAAAUUCUUCUUGCUUUAGUUUAUGGAUAUUUCCUGAAAAUUUUUUGACAUUCAAAACGGACAUUUUGUUUAAUUGAUUUUGCACGUUCAUAUCUGCCAAAGCUAAACAAUACACAUUUUACUGAAUUCUACGAUUUCUAACGUCUUCUCAGUAUUUAGUGCUUGAAUUUGCUGAUACAUGGUCUUGAAUGUCCUUAAAAUGUCCUUGAAUUUGACUCAUCCAGAUAUGUUUCUCAAUCAGAAAGUAAAGUUAUCAAUCAAUCAAUCAAUCAACCCUGGUUAGCAGGGUUCGUAUGAACUCGCCCUAAGGUGGCAGAACUGGGUUUUUUGUGAGGGAGAAAAAACGGAGAACCCAAAGGAAAAAUCGUCGAAUCCUAGAGAGAACGAACCUAUUUUUUUUUCAAUUCUAGCCGAUGUACUACCAUUUGGGGCACUUCAGUAAGUUUGUGCUUCCUGGGUCGUUCCGAAUUGACAUGACUUCCUCUUCGACAAUCAAUGGUCUGGAAUAUAUCGCCUUUCUGUUGCCCAAUGGUUCUAAAUGUGCCGUGAUACUGAACAGAAGCAACAAUGAUAUAAAAAUCACGAUGAAUAUUGGCCGAGGUUAUCUUAAUGGAGAAAUAAAGGCGUCCUCAAUACAGACUUAUCUGUGGUUGUGAUGAAUUUUUGAACACAGUGAUUUGUUGACUGCCAUAUGAAACGGAAAGGUUGGUUGAAUGCUAUCGUUAGGAAAUGUUAAUCUUAAGUCUCAAUUUUUUUAAUCUUAAUGUUUUAAUAAUGGUUGUAUAAAAUUAAUGGGAGCAAUGAAAUAUUGGGAUUAUAUUAAAUUAGU